UUCCACCGCCAACGACUCACCGUCGGGCAUGCGUGUUGCUGGUACUGGCUCGAGACCCUCGGGCAGGACCGUAGCGGCGGUUCAGCACGGCGAGGCCUGGGGCUGGAAGGUCGACCGGGGGGAUCCUUUGGUGGGAUUUUAACGCACAUCUUCGGGUGUUCAACCGGGCCUCCGGUCUACUGGACCAGUGACAAUUCCAUUACACCAUCUUCCUUCCUCCGAACGGUCAUAGGAACCCAGUGACCAGGAGAGAAAGUGACUGACCAUUGAUUUCAUUCUGACUCCACCACCCAUGUCCUGGGGAAACAAAACAGUCUGGAGCGAGACAAAAUAAUGUACAAUGUUAUUGAAUUCAGCCCAGGCAUGAGACGAAGAAAGUCUUGGGACAAGGAGUCACAGCUUUAAGAGAGCCAAAGGCGAUUAAAACAGGAAAGUUCACGGACGGGAAACUCAGAAACAAACUGAGCACUAAGAUCGGGACCUCAAUAUCCUCAGCCUUUGAACGUACACUGAGAAAUGUUUGCACAUCAGGGCAACAUGAAAAGCACUAAGGCACUCACAGUUUUCCAGUGCAGUUCCCUGGAUGUGAGAAGAGCUGAAGACAGAGCGUGAAAAAGGCACAUGGCAACCACAGGGGAGAGAAACCAUUGACAUGUUCUGUCUAACUUGAAGAGCUACAAGGACUCUAUGGAGAAACCGUGGAAAUGUGAGGACUGUGGAAAAGGGUUCAAUUACCCAUCACUGCUAGAAAACCAUCGGCGGAGUCACACCGGAGAGAGGCCGUACACCUGCUCUGUGUGUGGCGAAGGGUUCACCCAGUCGUCUGGCCUUUGGUCACACCAGCGAGUUCACACAGAGGAGAAGCUGUUCAGCUGCACCGUCUGUGGAAAGCGGUUCAGACACUCAUCCGCCCUCACUGUGCACCAGCGCACUCACACCGGGGAGAGGCCGUUCACCUGCGCUGACUGUGGGAAGGGGUUCUCUCAGUCCUUCCACCUGCAGACGCACCAGAGGGUUCACACCGGGGAGAGACCAUUCACCUGCUCCGAUUGCGGGAAGGGGUUCACACUGUCGUCCCACCUCCUGUCGCACCAGCGCAUUCACAGUGAGGAGAGGCCGUUCACCUGCCCGUCCUGCGGGAAGAGGUUCAGGCACUCGUCGGCGCUCGGCCUGCACCAACGCACCCACACCGGCGAGCGGCCAUUCACCUGCUCCGAGUGCGGGAAAGGCUUUACGGCCUUACCGACUCUGCUGAGGCACCAGCGGGUCCACACUGAGGAGAGGCCGUUCAGCUGCCCGUCCUGCGGGAAGAGGUUCCGUCAGCCCUCCAAUCUCACGGCCCACCAGCGCAUCCACACGGGCGAGAGGCCGUUCACCUGCUCCGCCUGCGGGAAGGCCUUCACCCGGUCCUCCAACCUCAGCGCCCACCAGCGGGUCCACACCGGGGAGAGGCCGUUCGCCUGCUCGGUGUGCGGGAAGGCCUUCACCAAGUCUUUCAACUUGCUGACGCACCAGCGCACUCACGCCAAGGGGAGGCCGUUCGCCUGCCCAGUGUGUGGGAAGGGAUUCGCUCGGUCCCGCUGCCUCCUCAGGCACCAGAAAGCUCACAAGUGAUUCAGUUGUCGGACCUUGCCGCCGUUCACCGCCUCCUGGUUCGACACGGGCCAGAUUUCUGCUGACAACCACAGUCCCUGGAACCGGCUGCCGUUUCAACUCCUGGCUAACGUCACCGGAUUUUGGAACCGUGGCGACUCUGUGCAAACGACGUCUGUGAUUUUUCCUCGCUAUCCAAGAACUUGCGACAGGAACUCGAUUAUGGGAACACGCUGAGCCUUGGCUUCAAUAUCCCAAUCCCGCACCUGCAUAUCCACUAUAGGAUACGUAUUCCAUGAAAUUCUCUCAGACUGUGUGUUUUGUUUCAGGGAUUCCAAUUCCGUUCACACGUUCUGCAUUUUCAUGUUUUCUUUAUCAGGUUCCUUCUCUCGUUGGCUAAUAUAGGACACACACCAAAGACUGUUUCUAGGAAUAUGUGAGUAAUUAAAUAUUUUCUAACUUGGAA